AGAGAGGGGCCCAUUAAUAAAAACCUGCGCCGGCGCUCCUCCGUCAGUCGCGGCGAGCAUCAUAUCAAAAUGAGGACGCUGACUUUUACGAUAUGGGCGGUGCUGGCGUGCGCCGCAGCCCUGGCCGUGCCGCUGCAGGAGACGGCCAAGGACACCGAGUUGUCUCGGGACAAGCGCUCCCCCGGAGGUUGGCACUCUCCACCACCAGAGGGAGUGUGGAAGAAGAAACUCGUAUGGAAAGAGGAGUGGAAGCAAAUCUGGAAAACAGAAAAGAAACUGGUCUGGAAAACUGAAUGGAAAAAAGAAAAAGUACCAGCUUGGAAAACUGAGAAAAUACAACAGUGGAAAGAAGAACAAGUGCCUGCAUGGAAAGUAGUCCAGAAACCAAUCUGGAAGGAAGUACAGGUGCCCAUCUGGAAGGAAGUUCAGGUUCCAGACUGGAAAAAAGUAUGGAAACCAGUUUGGAAGGAAAUCCAAGUCCCACAUACCAAGGAAGUACAGGUACCUGCAUGGAAACAAAUCCACGUCCCUGAAUGGGUUAAGGAAGGAGUACCCGGAGAGAAAUACCUCGGCAAGGACCACCAAGGAUGGGAGUACACCAGCCACGACCUGUGGAGGAAGAAGAUGAUCUGGAAGCCAGUGUGGAAGAAAGUCUGGAAGACAGAGCACAAACAAGAAUGGGUCACUGAGAAGAAACUCGAAUGGAAAGAGGAAUGGAAACAGAUCUGGAGAACUGAGAAGAAGCAAGCGUGGGUCACCGAGAAGAAACAGGAAUGGAUAGAAGAGAAAGUACAAAUCUGGAAGACUGUUAAGAAGGAAGUCUGGGUACCCGUCCAGAAGAAGAUCUGGGUAGAGAAGUGGAAGCAAGUGCAGGUCCCUGUAUGGAAAUCCAUUGAAGUCCCAGCGUGGAAAAAGGUAUGGAAGCCCGUGUGGGAGAAGGUGUGGGUACCUAUCCACCAUGAGCACGAACACCACGGAUGGGACUAAGAUUAGGUAACCACCAUUCAUUGUAAAUAUUUUUUAGUCAUUUGUUAACUAUUUGUUACCGUCAUAUACCAAUUUUUGUAAAUAUUUUUUAUCUUUGAUAAGUGCAAGGCGUGCGCGAAGGCGAAUGCUUCAAGCGAGUGUCCAAAAUUGUUUUAUUUUUCCAAAAUUGCGAAUGUGUUGUAUUUGGCUUUGCGUGCGCCUUAACAAGUGAUUUUUACAUAAUAGUUUGGUUCGUUUUAACGCAGUACACUUCCGUCUUCACGUCCAUUGUUUUGGGCCGACAAUGGGUUCCAUCCCAUGGUCGGUUCACUCAUGUACAUGCAUGUAAGUUUAACACUUCCGAAACGAUACAACCUGCAGAUGUCACACAAAUCGCGUUUGUAUUCUUCUAAAGUGGUAAAAGAGGCUUUAUUUUUAUUGUUGUUUUGUCUGUUCAAAGACAAUGUUUUUAUUUGAUUGAGACUUUUUGCUGAUUUCAAUUGUUUUUUUUUUUUAUAUCGUCAACUGGUGCUGUCGUAGUGAAGUAUGCAAUUUUAAUCAGCAGAAAAAAUUGAAUCGGACUAACAUUAAAAUAUCUUUUUCAACACCUAAAUUAAAAUAUAUUUUAAAUGUUUUUCUUGAAUGAAAAAUAAUGAUUUAAACAGUAUUGUGAGUAUUGUAAUGUUAGUUCGUUCGCUAAAAGUUACCGGGUGCAAGUUCGAGUCUCGGCUGAGUUAAGUACAAGUUUGUUUUGUUUUUAAGUUUAAGUAAUACACGAGUUAUUGAGUAUUAAAAA